AUGUCGGGGGUGCAUGUCCCUGUUGGUCACCCGCCGGUGGUCUUCUGCACGCCAGGGAACAGGGACUUGUGCGAGAAGAUCGUUGCGCACUUGAGCUGGACCAUAGGGAAGGCCCGUUUCCGCACCUUUGCGAACGGAGAGAUCUCUGUCAAGCUGGAGCAGUCAGUGUCCAACUAUGAUGUGUUUGUGGUGUGUGCGCGAGAUGACUUCGAGUGUGAGAUCAACUUCAUGCUCAUGCAGUUACUGAUCAUGCUGGACGCGCUGAAGUCGGAGUCUCCUCACCGAAUCACUGUGGUACUGCCUUGCGUGGAGUAUGCUCGGCAGGAUCGAAAGUUCGAGGCUGGAGAAGCAAUCGCCCCUAAGCUCUUGCUCCACCUGAUGGCGACGGCGGGCGCAGACCGUUUCGUCACCAUUGACUUGCACAACCAGGCAGAAGCUGGCUUUAGCCCAGCACAGGCCGCGCUUGAUGAAUUGACCUGUGAGAAAUACCUUGGAGCCUUUAUUCGGGAAGCGAUCCCGGGCUUCAAGCCGGAGGAGACGUUGGUUUGUGCCACCGACGCUGGGGGUGCCAAGCGGACAAGGAAAAUGGCAGAUGAGUUGCAGGUCGGAUUCAUGAUGGCCGACAAGUUUAGGCCCAAAGCAGGCGAAGUCGGCCAGGUGAAGAUCAUCUCAGACGCAUCCUUGAACCCCUCGGAUGUCAUCAUUGUGGAUGACAUGUUCGACACCUGCGGCAGCUUAGUCAAAGUUGUUGAGGCAGUCCGGAACUUUGCCCCAGAGGCUCGAAUCUACGCCGUGGGGACUCAUGGCUACUUCUCCAAGGAUGCCAGCGAGCGCGUCGCGAAAAUGAUCGCUGACCUCGGGCUGGAGUGGGUGGCAGUCACCAACUGCAUCUCUCAGCGGAUGCCACUUCAGAAGUUCCAGAAGCUUGGAAUUGGAGAGAGGUUGAAAGUUGUGGAUAUCUCAAGACUGGUUGCUGGAGCCAUCAUUAGGAUCCACCUGGGAGCCAGCGUGAACCUGCCGAAGUUCAGACAACUGGGGCCAAUGAAUCCAGACCCGCUGCUUGCAGAAGCAGCUUUCGUGCCAACAACACAAUACACGCUGCGGGGCGCAUCUGCACCGGUGCCGCAGAGUGCGGAGACAUAG